UACAGCCCUAGGUUCAGAUAAACCACAGUUUUUAUUUUUUUUCCUGCUUCUUUAUAACCAAAGGAACUAUAACAGUGCUGAAUUCAGGAUUUGUGGAAAUGUCAUAGAACAAGAUACCAAAAGAGUCAAGACAUCCCACAGUUAGUGUGAAUAAAAGGUAUCUUUCCCAAGUGUGAACAGCACAUAAGACAGCAGGGCAUGGUUUCUAAUACUUCUUCCAGUCCUUAAAAGGGAUGGGGUGUGUCUUCAGUGAUGAGGUGCCUCUUCCAAGACCCAGAAGGCAAGAGAAAAAAAGGAUGAAAAUGCCUUCAUGCCCAACAACAGCUCCACCUCCUAUCCCAUCAGAUCAACGUGUGCUGAAUUCAGAUGUGCCACAAAGAACAGAGGAAAACAUGAUUGUUGCACUCUACAGCUAUACUGCCGUAAAUGAAAAUGACAUUGAAUUAAAAAAAGGUGACAAACUAUGCCUCUUAGCUGAGUCAGGAGACUGGUGGCUGGCAAGAUGUCCUAUUACUGGAGUGGAGGGAUAUGUACCAAGAAACUUUGUGGCAAAGAUGAACUCGCUGGAUGCAGAGAAAUGGUUCUUUAAAAAUAUUAGCCGUAAAGAUGCUGAACGAGAGCUUUUGUCUCCUGCAAACAAAGCAGGAGCAUUCCUGAUCAGAGAGAGUGAAACAAGUAAAGGUGCCUUCUCCUUGUCAGUAAGAGACAGUGGUGCAAGUAACACAGGUGACAUCAUAAAACACUAUAAGAUCCGAAUGCUUGACAAAGGUGGUUACUACAUUUCACCCAGGAUAGCCUUUAGUACUUUGAAUGAUCUCGUCCAUCACUAUUCAAGCACUUCAGAUGGAUUAUGUCAAAGAUUGACAAAGCCUUGUGUUUGCAGUACUCACCAAACACCAUGGGCAGAUGAUGAGUGGGAAAUCCCACGUGAGUCAUUAAAAUUAGUGAAGAAACUUGGAGCUGGCCAGUUUGGUGAGGUUUGGAUGGGGUACUAUAAGAACAGCACAAAGGUAGCAGUUAAGACAUUGAAGGAUGGCAGCAUGGAGCCAGAUGCUUUCCUGGCAGAAGCUAACUUGAUGAAGUCAUUGCAACACAACAAACUUGUUCAGUUGUAUGCAGUUGUCACCAAGAAUCCAGUAUACAUUGUCACUGAGUAUAUGGAAAAAGGAAGUUUGCUAGAUUUCCUCAAGACCGAUGAAGGAAGCAGAAUACCACUUCCUAAGUUGAUAGAUAUGACAGCACAAAUUGCUGAAGGAAUGGCUUAUAUUGAAAGAAAAAAUUACAUUCACCGAGAUUUGAGGGCUGCAAAUGUACUAGUAUCUGAGAGUCUUUGCUGUAAAAUUGCCGACUUUGGACUGGCCAGGCUUAUUGAGAAUGAAUAUACAGCACAAGAAGGCGCUAAGUUUCCUAUCAAGUGGACAGCACCAGAAUCAAUUAACUAUGGAGUAUUCACCAUUAAAUCUGAUGUCUGGUCUUUUGGAAUUCUUCUGACAGAAAUUGUUACAUAUGGCAGAGUCCCUUAUCCAGGUAUGAGCAACCCUGAAGUUAUUGAAAAUUUGGACCGUGACUAUAGAAUGCCAAUACCUGAUGGGUGCCCUGAGGAGUUGUAUGACAUAAUGCUGAAAUGUUGGAAGACCAGGCCUGAAGACAGGCCUACCUUUGAGUACUUGCAGUGUUUCCUGGAGGACUUUUACACAGCCACUGAGAGACAGUAUGAAUUUCAGCCUUGAUGACUGCAUAAAGAGUGAAGAAUUGUUUGCUUAUGGACCAGAUACAAAUAUUGCAAAUAUUUUCAUUUAUAUAUCUUUAGUUUAUCUGUCCAUCGUUUGGUGCUGCAAGGAAGAGACCUAUUUUGUUAUGAAUGACUUACUUUAGCACCAGAAGUAAUUGCACAUAGUUCUUUAAAAUAAAUGGAAUUAUGAGAUCUGUGAUAAUAGUCAUCUGAUGAGUUAUAUUCUUUUUUGUGACCAAGGAAAAUCAUUUUUGAUGAUAUGCUUUGGGGUACUGCUUGGGCAUUUCACAAUACUAUUGUCUUCAAAAAUGCUACACCAUAAGUGAACCUUAUAAAGAGUUUUUCACAAUUUUGAAUAAUAAUUUCAGUGAAAUUUUGUGUUUUUUAAAACAUUUGUCAAACUCAGCCGAGCUAUAGCAAGGGAAUCUGGUGCCCAGGGUGACAUACUUAUUUUGCAACACCCAUUUUUGGUUCCCUUCUCCUGUGAUAUGCGAUUUCUUCAGAAUGACCACUACUGAGUAGAUAGCAAAGCACAAAUGCAGAGCAGCUGUUCUGGAUGCAUCUGUGACAUUUUGUAUAGCUCUCUCUCCAGUUUACACACCAUGUGGUACAUUGGGCAACAAACACUUUUCAGCACUCAUUGUUUCUGUAACAGUUAUGGGUUUUACUGGCUCAGGUUGAUAGCCCAAACCCCAACCCUCUUCAAAGGGUACACCACACACAUUUGCAUGCACACACUCACAGCUAGGGCCAAUUUAGAAUGUUUAAUCCACCUACUGCAUGUGUUUGGAAUGUGGGAGGAAACCGGAGCAUCCGGCGGAAACCCACACAAAUGCAGGGAGGACAUGCAGACUCUGCACAGAAGGCACCCCAGGUAAGAAUUGAAACAGAAAGUCUCUUGCUGUGAAGCGGCAAUACUAACUGCUCCACCACUGUGCUGCCCAUGUCAUUUUGUAUAGUGGCAGCAAAUGUUACAGAAGGAAAAAACAUCUCAAAUGCAGGCCAGAUGUAUAAGUACUGUCUUAUAGUGGUACUCAUACAUUACACAUUACACCAACCACAAAAUCAAGCAAAUACACACACACACACACACACACAC